UUUCUUCGCCAUCCUAAGUUAAAUUUAAUAUGUUUUCUCUCAGCUGUGCAUACCUAGCAUACAAAAUUGGAUAAUAGUUAUUACAAUUGUUAAAGAACACAGUUACAGUGUUUGUUCAAAUCAUUGAUAUGGAAAUAAGAAGACACAGGAGAGUAACCGGAAACCAUCGCAGUUAGGUGGCAGGCUGGGGUCUCGUCCGUCUCGAAGGCACCUUUUCGUUCUACACAUAUACAUUUGACAAACUCUUUUUAGUUUAUGUGAAGGAUGUACCAGUAAUAAAGAAAAAAGUAGGAGGAUAAACUUAAAGAGUACCGACUUUCUUAUUUCACAACCGCUUGAAAAUAAGUCCCUGUCUUGAGAUGGAAAAUAACAACAAUAAUGGGGGUGGCCAGCGACCUCGGGGAACUGGUACCAACAAUAACCAAGGACAGGGUGGCCGCCAUAAUCCUAUUCUCCAUGUUCGAGAUCGCUUGUUUCAUGCUCUCUUUUAUCGCAUUGCCAUCACCUAUGCCAAGGCAUUUCCUCGUCCUGUGAGACGAGUGCUGGAGUUUGUUAUGCUUGUGAAAGCGCUGAUGGUAUUGAGCAUUUUGUUCUACAUCCAUAUUGUCUUUGCUCGUACCCCUAUUAAUUGUCUUUCUGGAGUUGCCGAUUCAUGGCCAAGGCAUGGCAUUCUUCGUGUAGAAAUUGUGCGUAAUGCAUCUGAAAACUACUCGAUAAUCAACUCCUAUGAAAAGGAAUAUUCAGAUUUUAGUUUGUUUGUGGACUCGAAUGUGAUGGAAGAACUGGGCUUGAGUACUGUGUGGAAUACUUCUGAUCCUGAGACACCGAACAGUGAAAGAGAGAGUAUAGAGAGAGCAAGAAGUACUGUAACUAGUGAGGAUGAGGAAGAUGACGAAGUUGAUACAGGGGAAUCACAAGAAGGUGAUAGGCCAACCAGGGGAGGAAGGAGCAGGAGUCUUUUGGAUAAUACAACCAUAACUAACUUUUUCCCUGGAGAUGUCUAUGAAGAACAGAUCACACCUUUGCACCAGCAGUUUUCUGAAUUGGAAAUGCUGGCCAAGGCUGUAUGGCCAGAAGAAAAAUACAUUGUGGAAUAUGCUCUUGAAUAUGGAUUUCUGCGCUUGUCUCCCAAGACACGUCAGCGUCUUAAUAUUACUGUCAUGUUAGUCACACUAGAUCCUCUGAAGGACGAAUGUUUUGGGGAUGGGCUGAGUCGCUUCUUGCUGGAUGAGUUUCUUGGUUAUGAUGACAUCCUGAUGUCUUCUAUCAAGGAAUUGGCUGAACAGGAAGAAAACAAAGGGUUUUUGAGGAAUGUAGUGACUGGAGAACACUAUCGAUUUAUUAGCAUGUGGAUGGCACGCAGCUCUUAUGUGGCUGCAGCAUUCAUUAUGUUGGUCUUUACGGUUUCAGUAUCUACACUUUUGAGAUAUUCCCAUCAUCAGAUAUUCCUCUUUAUUGUUGACCUGCUGCAAAUGCUGGAGAUGAAUGUCACAGUUGCAUUUCCAGCUGCCCCACUUCUGACUGUCAUACUAGCACUUGUAGGAAUGGAGGCCAUAAUGUCAGAGUUCUUCAAUGACACAACAACAGCUUUUUAUAUAAUCUUAAUUGUGUGGGUGGCUGACCAGUAUGAUGCCAUCUGCUGCCACACGAACAUAAGUAAACGACACUGGCUGAGGUUUUUUUAUCUGUACCACUUUGCCUUCUAUGCGUAUCAUUACCGCUUCAAUGGACAAUACAGUAGUUUGGCUCUCUUCACCUCUUGGCUUUUUAUUCAGCAUUCAAUGGUGUACUUCUUCCAUCACUAUGAACUGCCAGCCAUUUUGCAGCAAGCUCGCAUCCAGGAGCUCCUGAACCAGCAUGCACAACCAGACAUCAACAUUCCUGCUGACAACAGUCCGCAGCCCCCACCACAGCAGCAGGAUGGACAGGAAGGACAGGCCAAUGAUCAGAGUGCUGAACAAAUUGCCAGUACUCAAGCACCAAGUCAGGAAAACAGCUCACUAAACAGUGCCAUUCCGCAGCACAAUCUGCAGCAGCAAGUUGGUGAUGAAGGAGUUGGCACCUCUCAGGCAAGUGAUGGAAUGGAGACACAGGCAUCUCAAACCAGAGAGAGAAAUGGAAUGGCACAACAUGCUUCACUCACCUCAGCCUUCCUUGAACGAAGUGUCUCUGAGCUUGUUGCUAUGCUUAAUCGUCGCCAAGGCUUUGCUCCAAGAACAACCACAGCAGUGGAUGGAACAGUGAGUGCAGGUGAAACCAGAAAUGACAACAGUCGGCCAACCAGUGAAGACCCAAGUAAUGCAGGCGUGUAUGAAGAAGGGACUGGGCCUUUCAUGGUGGAUCGAAUUCGAAUUUACACUCCAGCCAACUUUGUCCAGAUGUUCCUGCCACAGUCAGGCUCAGCUGUCACUUCUGAAGUCUCUCGGCCAACCUCUGUCACUGAUGACGUUAGCACAGUUGGUGCCACCAAUGUGACAAGCUUUGAUGGAAGUGCUGAGACUUCUACUUCUGCAGACACAGACUUAGCAGAAGUUGUUGGACUGGGCGUAACAUCAGCUAUGGUUACACCUUUGGAGAGGUCAGCAGAUACACGUGACAUAGAGGAAAACUCUGUCACAAGAGAUGCUGAUCAGCAGGUGGGAAGUACCACCCAAAAAGAUGACCUUGAUUUGCAAGCUGUGGACAGCUUUAGUACAUCCACUGUAGCCAGCAAGAAACUUUUGGCAUGGAAAAGGACCCCAUCACCCAUGCCUGUUGCACCUGGCGAAUUGGUAGAUAAGUCAGCAGAAGAAUCUUCUGGAGUGCAAUGUGACAUGAGCUAUCCAACUGAAAGACAAACAGUGACUUCAAGCAAUCCAACUGGGCUUGUGGAUUAUGAUGUAGAUUAGCCAGAAAUUAUUAGUUGUGCGAGUUGUGGUGUUCCCUCACAGCCUGGGGCAGUUGUUACCCAAAUCUGGAAUGACUGCAAGUUUUCAGUGUUGAUGUAUAGAAAUAAUAUUGAAUAAACUAUUAUUGACACCUGUGCAAUUCUUGAAAUGUGAUUGGGGGGGAGGGGGAAGUAGAAAUUUCCACCACAGCUGAACCAUGGAAGGGAAAGUAGAAGGGAAGAGAGAGUGAGUCAAGGAUUAUGCAGUGUAAAAAUGUGCCUGUCAGGAAAAUGGCUGAACCAUUAUGCCUAAAGAUUGUGAACACUUGAUUUAUUAGGCAUUCAUGCAAAGCUUUUAAUCAAGAAAUUGGCAUUCUUUCAAAAUACACGAAUAGUGUGCAUGGUAAUUUUCUUGAAACCUAGCUUGCAGAUGCGCUUUCAGAUGUAUAAUAAUAAUGGCAUGGUAAUCAGAGAUGUGGGUUUGACAGGCUGUUCAUUCUGAAGACUGGCUACUGUUUUUGCUUAUUGUGGCAUGGAAUAUUUCAGGAACUAAAGAUUGCAGUGGCCUAGUCCUGACAUUAUCACGUCUCUAAUUGAUGUCUAUUGUUGUUAAAUAAUAAUUGGAUUUGUAAAGUGCAUUUCUACCAUUUAGACAUAGCUCAGUGUGCUGCACAGGAAAGAUCACAAACAAACAAACAGUAAACCAUACAAAAUCAUCUAAAAGCAAAGUGCAUGGAGGAUAGAGAUGCUAUGGUGAUCGAGAGGAACUUCAAAUUUAGACAGUUCAGAGGGGAUAUUUUGAGAGGGGGGGGAGAAUUCCAAACAGUGGGGCCUGAGAAGAAAAAGAAAAGAGAGGAGGGUGGCACUGUAAAUUGUUGGAACAAGUAUGCAGAACUGUAUUUCUGAGCAGGGAUAAAGUUAAAUUUAGUUCCAAGAAUACUUCAGGCUGACACCUGAACUGUGCGUGUGUGAGAGAGGGGCAUGAAGCAGGCCUUUCACCCAUUUAUCUGCCUUUGAUAUACCUGGUGAAAAUAGGCCCCAUCUUCAUGUACUAGUUGACCAUUUUAAUACUUAAAUUUGAGAGUAAAGGCCAUGGCUUUUGUUACAUAAACAGGAGAAAAGAAAGAGGAGAUAAAAGAACCCCCAACAAGGUGGGUAGAAUAGCCAUCUUCACAUGAAUAUGGAAAACCACUUAGGCUAUUUUCAGUCGGUUUGUUGCAAAAACAAACAGCUUUUUUUCUGGGGAUCCACUCUAUUCCUAUGGACUACAACUUGAGUUGCAUUUUAUAUGAAUGUCCUUCACUAUUAUGUAAUGUUACAAUAAAAUCUUGUAAGUUUAAUAACAUUUUUCCAAAAUGCAUUUUAACUUUUAGUGACCUUGAUCUGGCUUUUUCUCAGCAAAAUGGUUCUUAAUAAAAUAUGGCGAUGCAA